AUGACUUCGAGCAAGCCGGAGGAGACUGAUGACGAGCAGGAAUACAUACAAUCUUUCUAUCGACAUGCUAUAAGGGCAAAGAGUGGAAACUAUCCUCCUCUGAGAAGAUCUUUGGAUGGUACUGUGAUAUAUCCUAGCGCAUCUGGUGUAAGUUCCAAUAGAGGGAAUAAGCUACUACAAAAGUCAGAAUUGGUUACACGUCGGGCAUUAGACAAUUCGAAAUCUUUGAAUGAGGAGUGCGUCUAUUACAAUGGUUCGGAGCACAAUUUACUACAAAGAAGGAAACGAAUGAAGUUUCAGACACCUGGUGAGGUCAAUGGUCAUAAAAUUUCAGACGAUAAAAUUACGGACGAGUCAUAUGACUAUGACUGUAACCUCUCGAAGUUGGUCGAUGUUCGUAAGAUCUUGACGCCAAUUGCUUCGUUAGCCGACAUUACGAGACAUGGAUCAAUAAAAAGGUCAUUUGAAGGGAAAGUGCUACGUGAGCUUUCUCUUCAGUCUAUCAUGAUGAUUGAAAAGGAGCAGAACUCCGUCAUGAGGUACUCUAAAUUACUUGAAGUAUUUCUGGGAGACCAUCCAGAACCACUCUAUGAGUCAGAGUUGAAUCUUCCUGCAUAUGAUCACAACCUUAAGCUUCCUGAGGAAGACUCUGCCGAUAUAGAUGAUAAAGAAAUCGCUCCUCGACAGGAUGGUGAUGCUAACGGCGAGGACCCUUUCUUCGCACUUCCUCAUGUUGGUGGACAUGCUGCGUUACUUCGUUUGUUGCCAGCUGAUAAUUCUCCACAAAUAUUAGAGGAUGUAGAGACGAUACGACAAUUGGCUCAAAUUGCUUUGCAAAGAAACGAAGAAUUCGUAAGGAAUCUGAGAAAGAUACGGGCCUCUUUAGUGAAGGCCAAUAGAAUACGGGAGCGUAUACUAAAUUGGAGUCGCGAGUACUCUGGCCUUCCCGAGGACGGUGUUACGAUACCGAAUGCCCUUCGUGUGGUUAAGAGAGGACUAAUAAGUGCCACUACCAAUAUGUCGAUGGGUGGUGCUCGCGAAAUGGAAGAAGAAUUUGAGGAGAAUAACGAAGCGACUUAA